AUGUCUACACCCGUCACUUCUAAGGAUGAUUUUGAAUCUUCUGUUGCAACCAGAGAGAACUUGAACUCCAAUACUUCCGCAUAUGAAACGAAUCUGGGCUCGAGGUGGCAGAACUUCAAAGACACUUUCAAACCUGCGGAGGCAACCGUAGAAGACCUCUCUUCAUUGGAUCUAGUGCAGAGAGCUAACCAUAAUGCUACCAACUCUAAGCUCACAAGAAGCUUGAAAAACAGACAUUUACAAAUGAUUGCAAUUGGAGGAUCCAUCGGUACUGGUCUCUUUGUUGGAUCGGGAUCUGCUCUUUCGACCGGUGGACCUGCUGGUAUUAUAAUUGCAUGGAUAAUCACUGCCACUUCAGUAUAUACCACCAUGCAAGGUCUUGGAGAGUUAUGUACGGCUUUCCCAAUCAGUGGAGGAUUCAACAUUUAUGCGACUAGAUUCAUUGAACCCUCAAUUGGUUUUGCUGUUGGAUGGAACUACUUCAUGCAAUUCUUCGCUUUGCUCCCCCUUGAGUUGGUGGCCGCUUCCAUCUCCAUUAAGUACUGGAACGACUCCUUGAACCCUGACAUUUUCGUGGCCAUUUUCUGGCUAACUGUUGUAAUUAUUACAAUGAUGGGUGUCAGGUGGUACGGUGAGGCUGAAUUCGUGUUUUGUUUGAUUAAGGUGGUCACCGUUAUUGGCUUUAUUAUUUUGGGUAUAGUGCUCAUAUGUGGCGGAGGACCAAAUGGUGAGUUUGUCGGAGGAAAGUACUGGAGAAACCCAGGACCUUUCGCCAAUGGAUUUAAGGGUGUGUGCUCAGUUUUCGUUACGGCCACCUUUUCUUUUGGUGGAACAGAAAUGAUCGGAUUGGGUGCUGCUGAAGCCGCCGACCCAGUAAAGGCCGUUCCCAGAGCCAUAAAGCAAGUGUUCGUCCGUAUUGCGUUGUUCUACUUUGGCACUCUUACAGUGAUUGCCUGUUUGGUUCCCUACAACGAUGGCAGACUUAUGAACGCCACGUCGUCGGUAGAUGCCACCACUUCUCCCUUUGUCAUUGCUAUUGUUAAUGGGGGCAUCAGGGGCUUGCCUAGUGUUAUCAACGCAGUGAUUUUGAUUGCCGUAUUAUCAGUGGGAAACGCCUCUGUAUACGCCUGUUCCCGUUCGCUCAAUUCACUUGCUGAACAGGGAAUGGCUCCAAAAUGGACAGGAUACGUCGACCGAUUGGGACGUCCACUUGUAGCCAUUAUCAUGACAAAUGUGUUUGGACUUUUCGCAUUCAUUGCAGCUUCUGAUAAGCAACAAGAAGCCUUCAAUUGGCUCCUCUCACUCAGUGGGCUAUCGUCCAUCUUUACAUGGAUGUCUAUCAAUUACGCCCACAUCCGAUUCCGUGCUGCCAUGAGAGCUCAAAACAAGUCUAUUGAUGAAUUGGCCUUUAAAUCAGCCACUGGAGUACUUGGGUCCUGGUAUGCAUUAGCAAUGAAUGGUUUAGUGUUGAUUGCACAAUUCUGGCUCUCAAUCUUUCCACUUGGGGCCAGCCCAAGCGCCUCUGCAUUUUUCCAAGGAUAUUUGGGAGUUCCUGUUGUGCUUGCCAGUUGGUUAGGUUACAAGAUCUACAUGAGAAAUUGGAGAAUGGUUAUCGCCGCACAUGACAUAGAUUUAGAUACGGGCAGAAUUGUUCCGGACUUGGACCUUCUAAGACAAGAAUCUGAAGAAGAAAAUGGUCAUGCAGAGCUGUUCUUCCGACGCACGAUAAGAUCAUUUAUCUAA